AUGUCGCUCUCCAAGCAUCUCUCCGCGCGCCGCCUCCUGCCGGCGCUCUUCCCGCUCGCCCACGCCGACGCCGCCUCCGCCGCGGCCUCCCGCCGGGCGCGCCGCCGCGACGCGUUCGUCUCGACGCCGCCCGCGCCGCCGCCCUCCCCGAGCUCCGUGCGCCUCGCGGAGCCCCUCCCCUCGCUGGCCCCCUCCCGCCUCGCGCUCCACAACCGCAUCCUCGCGCUCCUCUCCCCACCCGCCGCCGCCCCCGCCGAGGCCCGCGACGACCUAGCCGAGGCCGCGCUCCUCACCCGCCACGCGCUCCACUCCAACUGCCGCCCGUCCUCCUUCACCUGCGUGGCCGUCCUCGCCGCGCUCCUCCGCGCGCGCCGCCUCGACGACUUCUUCGCGCUCCACCGCUUCUCCAUCCAGGCCGCCGUCGCGCCCACCGCCGCCACCCACGCGCUCUACCUCUCCGCGCUCGCCGCGCGCCGCCUGCCCGACUCCGCGCUCCUCCACCUCCGCCAGAUCGCCCGCGCUGGCUCCCCAGUGCCCCCCUCCCCGACCGCCUACCGCGUGGUCGUCAAGUGCCUCGUAGCGGACCACGGCCGCCUCCACCACGCCAUCGAGCUCAAGGACGAGAUGCUCGCUUCCGGGUUCGUCGGGCCCGAUCCCCAUGUCUACAGCCUCCUCAUGGCUGGAUGCGUGCAAGCUGGGGAUGGGGCAAAAGCCGUGGAGCUGUACCAGGAACUGCAGCACAAGCUUGGUGGCGAGCCAGUUCUCGAUGGCAUCGUCUACGGCAGCCUCAUGAAGGCCUACUUCCUCAUGGGAAUGGAGGAGAAGGCGAUGGAGUGCUACGAGGAGGUGCUCGGCCCGGAGUCGGAGGUGAGAUUCGGGGCGGAGAGCUACAAUGAGGUGGUGGAUGCACUCGGGCAGAACGACAUGCUACAGGAUGCACUCAAGCUGUUCGACAGAAUGCUUGCACAGCAUGACCAUCCGCUGAGAGUUGCGGUUGAUGUUAGAAGCUUCAGCGUAAUGGUGGAUGCCUACUGCGCUGCUGGUAAGUUUGAGGAUGCGAUCGCGGUGUUCUGCAGGAUGGGAGACUAUAAGGUGGUACCGGAUGUAGCAGCAUAUAACAAUCUGAUUCGGCAUCUCGGGCUUAAUCGGUUGGUAGAUGAGGCAGAGGUGCUCCACAAGGAGAUGGGGGAGCAUAGUCUUGUUGCAGAUGAGGAAACACAUGUGCUGCUCAUGGAUGCGUGCUUCAGAGCUGAUCGCCCUGAUGAUGGUGUCAGUUACUUCGACAAAAUGUCUGAGUUGGGUUUGAAGCCUGAGGCAUCGCACUAUCAUAAGAUUGUUGAUGGCUUGACUGGUUUAAGUUUGCUUGACAAGGCUCAGGAGUACUUUGAUCAGAUGAAGGAGAAGGAAAUUAAUCCAAUCAUUGCAACCUAUGAGACACUGCUAAAGGCUUGCGUUGGAGUUACGCGGUUGGAUGAUGCAGCCAAGGUAGCAAAGGGUAUUCUGUUGGAUGAGAACGUGAUUUUCACAGAUGAGAUGAGGGAGCUAUUGGAAGGUGCAUUGCGCGGAGAGGGCAGGGAAGAAGACAUAGCAAAGCUGUAUGAAGACGUGGAGAGGGAGAAGGCCGAAGCAGCGGUGCAGGCGGCAGAAGAGAAGGCAAGGGCAGAGGCACAGGCCAGGGAAGAGAGGGCGGCAAGGAGGGCAGAGGCUGCUGCCAAGGAUGAGGCUGCGGCUAAAGCUAGUGCUGCUGCCAUUGAGGCUAUCCUUGGCCAUAGAAGGAGAACAGAGGGCGAGACAGAAGCAUCUGCAUCUACUCCGAAUGCUCUUGAUGGCGGGCUUCUCAGUAGGCUAGGCCUCAGGUCAUCUGGAGAAGGUGUUCUUCAAGACAUUCCUCCACUACGUGCUGAAACAAAAGGAGAUGGUCAGGAAUAAUUUUGAUGUCCUUCGUUUGUUCUGGGCACUAAAUUAUAGGAUAUGCUUGUAGUUUCUUGUAAGAGCAUCAAUCAAUAUGAGCUCUGAUGGCUAUAAAUGUUUCAACUUCUGAUUGUAUCUCUGGUUGAGACUGUAACCACGAUUGAUGCAUUGAAAUAUGACAA